AUGGCUAUUCAAACAAAUGCAGACGAUCAAAGUGAUAUUUCUUCAAUUGAUGAGCAUGAUAUAAUUCAGUAUUAUUUAAAUGAUUCUUUACCUCCUUGUGAAAAUAAAUGCAUUAACACUGUUAUGGAUGACAUCAAUCAUUGUGAAAAUUGUAAAGAAUAUUUAAAGUUAAAUUUAACUGAAAAAUAUUCAGGUAACAACUCACUAUUGUUUAAAGAAUUAGGUUUAAGGAAAACAAAAAUAAACAUUAAUACAUAUGAACUCAGACUUGAAGAGAAUGAACAUAAUUUUAGAUAUAAAGUAGUUGAUAAUCCGAGUAAAUUUAGAAAAUUUACUUUCAUAUCUGAUCAGUCCAAUAGGAUUUCAAAUAUGAAAAGUAGAGAUAGACUAGCUAAGAUGUUAGCAUCUGAAAUAGAGAAGGUUGAAAACAACAUGACUAAGGAUUAUGAGAAAAAAUCCGAAAAAAAGUUUUUUGUUACCAGAUUAAACGCUAUGAAACAUAUAAGUACUAAUUUGGAAAUAUUUGAUUUUAAAAUCUCAGAAAUUUAUGGAAAAAUGAUUGUGAAUACUUCUUUAUUAAAAAAGACACAUACUUAUGUUAAAGUUAAUGGCGAGUGUAUGUAUGUCUAUGAUAAUAAACCUUUAACAGUUGAUGAUACAAUUAACUUUAAUAAUGAUGAUUAUUUUAUAGAUCAGAAAGAUGAGUCAAUCUGUUAUAAAUGUAUUGAAACAAUUCCUUUAUCGAGAGCCAAAAUUUAUCUAUCAUUAGAUAUUGUUGAAUCUUACUUUCCCUGUUGUAUGAAUUUUAGAAUAAGUGGUAGAAGUACCUGGACAGACAUAACUAAGUCAAAAAUAUUAACAAUAGAUUCAGAUUCUAAACACAAAAUAAGACUUGAAGAAGAUCAUAAAACUAGAACAAUUCAUAUUCCAAAUUUAUUACUUAUUUUGGAAAGUGAAGAAAAUGCAAAUAUUUUUACAAUUGAUUCAGUUAAAGCAUUUUUUAAUUGGAUAAACGUUAUUCAGAACAGAAUUAAAACAUAA